GCCGUGGCCACCAACCUGAUAACUGUUUAUCCUUUUUCACCUAAGACGAAAGUUGAUACCUUACCAACCGAGUUGAAAAUAUUUCGUGAAACUCCAAGACAUUCUUGAAAGUCUUUAGUCAUUGCCGAAUUGUUUCGCUUCUAGCAUAUAUAUUAUGGAUUCUACUUCAUGGCCUCGUUUAGCGAACCGAGCUUUAGUAUAUAACCCACGAAUAGCCCGCGUCACAAUCAAGAAAGAUAGUACGGUUAAAAAUGGGGUACAUAAAUAUUGGGAGUUAUCUCUCAACGAACCGACAAAAGAAAGCCUCGACUGCUGGGACCUCUUCAUGGAUAGCAAUGGGAAGGAAACAUGGGCGGAGAAGGCAGAAGAAAUACCCCAAGAUGGAUACUUCAUUGCCCGGCUGGACCUUCGGACCCUGGGUAUAAAAGGAAGACUUUUUCGGAAAUAUGGGAAGCUCCAAACGGUAUAUAUCCUCAAGCCUGAAGACAACUAAGCAGGUAAUUGUCUGUGGGGAGGGACACAGUGAUGUUUUAAAAAUCGGUAUGGAUAUACCUACUUGAUGUUCGUUAUGCAAUUAGUUCUAGUAUGAUUUCAAUGCUGUUUAAAGGGCGUGUAAGCUUUUCUUGUUAUUUGA